CCUGCAAAAAUCACUGUAAAUCCCUCUGCCAGACUCACUUCUCCUCUGUUUUCUCUUUCGAUGAUCUUUCUUCAGCCAUGGAUUUGAAAAUUCUCCCCUUUCAAGAGCAUUUCUCUCCCUCUUUUCCUUCCAAGAGAAAAAUACUCUCUGUUCUUGCUGUAGUUUUAUCAUCUUCCCUUCUCCUUUUUUCAGUGACUCUACUGAAAAACCCAUUCAAGAUCUCUCCCUUUCCUCAAAGACUAGAUUCUUAUCCAUUUUCAUGGUUUUUUCCAGUCCCAAAUUCUUCAAUGUCUUCUUCUUCUUCCUCUUAUUCAGAAGCAGAGUUGCAGAAAUCCAUGGAUUUAUUGCAGAGAAGGGAAGAAGAGAGAGUCAGGGAGAAAACCCACGAAUGGAAUUUAUCAGAAGUUGAUAAAAAUCGAAGCUUUUUGAGUUCUGAUGGAAGAGAGAGUGUUAUGGAGAAAAACCAUGGAGGGAAUUUCUCUCUGAUGGAUAAAGAUGCAAGGUUUCCUGUUGAAAAAGAGAGGAAUGCAGAGCAAACCCAGGUUUUGGAUUUCUCUAAGAGAGAUAAAAAUGCAAGCUUUCCUGUUGAUGAAGAGAGGAUUACAGAAAAAACCCAUGAAGGCAAUGUCUUUGAGAAGGAUAACGGUUCGGCUUCUGUAAGAAGGAUUGGGGGUUAUUCUCGAAAAUGUGAUAUUUUCAAUGGAAGAUGGGUGAGAGAUGAAGGAAAACCGUAUUAUCCAGUCGGAUCUUGUCCAGUUAUCGAUCAGGAUUUCAACUGUCUUGAGAAUGGAAGGCCGGAUGCUGAUUAUCUGAAAUGGAGAUGGCAGCCUAAUUACUGUCAUAUCCCAAGCAUGAAUGCCACUGACCUUUUGGAACGGCUGAGAGGGAAGAGGCUGCUUUUCAUAGGAGAUUCUUUAAACAGGAAUAUGUGGGAGUCGAUGGUCUGUAUUCUUCGCCAUAGUGUAGUAAACAAGAGUAGAGUUCACGAGAUCUCUGGAAGGAGUGAAUUCAAAUCAAAAGGUGAUUAUGCUUUCAUAUAUGAGGACUACAACUGUACUGUAGAGUAUGUAACAUCUCCAUUUCUAGUGAGACAGUCGUAUUUCAAUUUUGGGAAUGGAUCAGAAGAGACUCUAAGAUUGGAUUUGAUGGAUGAAAAAGCUUCUACUUAUCGAGACGCGUAUGUUUUGGUCUUCAACACCGGCCAUUGGUGGACGCAUGAGAAAACCUCUAAAGGAAAAGACUAUUAUCAAGAAGGUGAUUAUGUUUACCCAGUGCUCAAAGUCAAGGAAGCAUACAAGAAAGCACUUGCAACAUGGGCCAGAUGGGUCGACACGAACAUUGAUGCCAGCAGAACUCGGGUUUUUUUCAGAGGAUAUUCAGUCUCCCAUUUCAGGGGAGGCCGAUGGAAUUCAGGCGGGAAAUGCGACGAAGAGAGGGAGCCUGUCUCCAAAGACUCUAAUUUACAGAAGUACCCGUCGAAGAUGCGAGCAUUCGAGCAAGUGCUGAAAUCGAUGAGAACUGAUGUAGUAUAUAUGAACAUCAGUAGGCUUACAGCUUAUAGAAAGGACGGCCACCCUUCGAUCUACAGACAUGGACAUCAAUCAGAUCAGCAUUCGCAGGAUUGCAGCCAUUGGUGUUUGCCUGGCGUGCCUGAUACGUGGAAUGAGCUGCUUUACGCAUCGCUGGUAAUGGACGGAUGAUAUGAUCAUGGACAGGAUGAUCCAAGAGAUUCAUGUAUCUGAUGCAUAUAGUCUGCGAACUAACCGGCUGAGCCAUCCCAGAUCGCUAAGCCCAUGAGAACUUGACUUGGGCAUGCGAAGUUAGAGCCAUUCACCAUGUGGACCCCACAAUGUAGAUGAACUGGCCCAAGAAUCAGGCCGGCCGCUCAUCAUGCCGGCGGUGCGUGUAUGUUGAAUGUCUACAGUUUAUGAUGAUGGGCAUAUUGAAUGUACAGAUUAGUCAUGCUCAUACACAACAGGUUGGACAAUAACAUACCGUCCAAUGGGUAGAUAAGUUUCAAAUUUUUAUGUGCAUGUCGAAUCCAAACUGUCCAGUAGGUGGGUCUCACCAUGAGGAUCGCCUGAUGCAAAAACUGAUUCAUUCCACUAAUGUGGGCCACACCACAGAUAGCAAUGGAUUGCUACUAAAAUAAUAUAGAAAUGCAUAUGUGGUCCACCUAAUGGGUGGAUUAGGCAAUCCUCUUAGUGGGCCCAACCAUUCCUUUUGGAGAGGAUGAUGUGGUAGAAACAUGAUAGGAUGAAAAAUAUUAGCUGGUUGGACGGUAAAUUAGGGGUCCAACCGGUUGGACAUGAGCACAUCUCAUUACAUGUAUGGAAUUAUUUGAUGAAAUAUUACACAAUGUGUGAUGUUCUUUCAUUGCUUUCA